GGCAGCAGAACGAGGGAGUUCCAGAGAGUUGCCGCCAGAGGAGCAGCAAGGGCCCGCGGUCUCCUUGGAGACAUGUUGGCCAAUGACAGCAGCGGAAGCUGUUUAUAGGGGCGGAGCGUCGCCAUGGCAGCAGGAGAAGCCUUCCGAGCGUCUACUUAAUGCCGGUCCCCGGGCCGUCGGCGCUCAGAGAAGCGCCGUCGGGCGAGGGGGGGGGCCGACGAGGGGCACCAGCAGAGCCCUCGAGCUGGGGACAGAGAGCCGCGGGAGGUGGGAGGAACUUCUUCCAGAACCUUCCUCUGGCCCGGCUGCGCUCUGAGCCAGGCCCCACAUUCGUAUUCGGAGGAGGCGACCCCGCGGGUCGCGGAAUGGAAGUGAGUGUUCUGGAGGCUGUGUAACUGAAGCCUCGGGUACCAGCGGGCAGGAGAGCGCGGCGGGCCACUCGGCUCAGCCCGUGGAUGUUGACCGCCCCCUCGGAGAGACCCCGCAGAUAUGGCGGAGAGCUGGCUGCGCCUCUGCGGAGCAGGGCCCGGGGAAGAGGCCGGGACGGAGGGCGGCAUGGAGGAGCCGGAUGCUUUGGAUGACAGCCUAACUAGCCUGCAGUGGCUGCAGGAAUUCUCCAUUCUCAACGCCAAGGCCCCCACUCUGCCCCCGGGAGGCACCGACCCCCACGGUUACCACCAAGUGCCAGGCUCGGUGGCACCCGGGUCACCCCUGGCUGCAGACCCAGCCUGCCUUGGGCAGCCUCACACACCUGGCAAACCCACGUCGUCCUGCACAUCUCGAAGCGCGCCCCAGGGGCUGCAGGCCCCGCCCCCCGACGACGUGGACUACGCCACCAACCCGCAUGUGAAGCCUCCUUACUCCUAUGCCACUCUCAUCUGCAUGGCCAUGCAGGCCAGCAAGGCCACCAAGAUCACUCUGUCGGCCAUCUACAAGUGGAUCACGGACAACUUCUGUUACUUUCGCCAUGCGGAUCCCACCUGGCAGAAUUCCAUCCGCCACAACCUGUCCCUGAACAAGUGCUUCAUCAAAGUGCCUCGAGAGAAGGACGAGCCCGGCAAGGGGGGCUUCUGGCGCAUUGACCCCCAGUAUGCAGAGCGCCUGCUCAGUGGGGCCUUCAAGAAACGGAGGCUGCCCCCGGUCCACAUCCACCCUGCCUUCGCCCGCCAGGCCUCACAGGAACCCAGCACUGGCCCCUGGGGUGGGCCUCUGACCGUGAACACGGAGGCCCAGCAGCUGUUGCGGGAGUUCGAGGAGGCCACAGGGGAGGGGGGCUGGGGCACAGGAGAGGGCAGGCUGGGGCAUAAGCGAAAGCAGCCGCUGCCCAAGAGGGUGGCCAAGGUCCUGAGGCCUCCCAGCACGUUGCUGCUGACCCAGGAGGAGCAGGGUGAGCUGGAACCCCUCAAAGGCAACUUUGACUGGGAGGCCAUCUUCGAGGCUGGCACUCUGGGUGAAGAGCUGAGCUCCCUGGAGGCCUUGGAGCUAAGCCCCCCACUGAGCCCCACCUCACAUGGAGAUGUGGACCUCACUGUCCACGGCCACCACAUCGAUUGCCCUGCGACCUGGGGACCUCCAGUGGAGCAGGCUGCUGAUAGCCUGGACUUUGAUGAGACCUUCCUGGCCACAUCCUUCCUCCAGCACCCCUGGGAUGAGAGCGGCAGUGGCUGCCUGCCCCCAGAGCCCCUCUUUGAAGCAGGGGAUGCCACCCUGGCCGCUGACCUGCAGGACUGGGCCAGUGUGGGUGCCUUCUUGUAAGAAGAAGUCAGGCCCCACCCCAUCUCCGGACAGUGCCCAAGUCAGGGCCCAGACUGCCUCCCAAAAAAGGCCCAAGGACAUCUCAGCACCCCGGCAGGGACUGGGCCAGGUCUCUGAAGGCUGGCUCCGUGAGGCCACACUGCUGCCAGCUGGGGGUGUCCUCAUAUCCAAGCCCAGAAGACUGGGAACUGGGGACCCAGGACCAAAACUGCUGCCUCCCCCUCUUCAGCAACCCCCAUAUACACAGUGUUCCAUUGACCUAUGUCCCCCCAAGCCCCCAAACUGGCAAAGGCACGCCCCUGGCCUCUGCACUGUGAACACUGAAGCCUGCAGGGGUCAUGCCAGGCCAGGGAGAAACUGAACAGGGCCCUCUUCAAGGCUCUGCUUCUCACCCACCCCUGCUGCUUCCCCGGGUCUCUACCCAGAGAAAGUUCCCAGGUACCAACAAAUGCUAAUUAGACAACGGCAAAUUAACCCUCUGGAGGCUCCUCCUGGCGGAGCUUCCCCGGGGCCCUGGCAGCCUUGGCUAGGGAGAGAGGUGGCAGGAGACUGGGGAAAGGAACAGAGAAGACAGAAAUAGGGAGGGGGCAGCAAGGUGGGGGUGACAUGGUCUCUAUGGCCUCUGGGGCCUUUUCCCUGGCCCAUCGCUGGCAGAGAGGAGGCUGAAAAACGAGAUUGAGGCUGACUUGAGGCUGAGAGCAACAGGAAGUUGGGGUUCAGGGUGGUUGGGGCAGGGGCAGCCAAGCUGCUAGGUGGGGGGGAGAGACUAACGUAGUGCAUAUAGCUAUAGCUAAGACUUAACUGGGAGGGAUGCCCAGCUUGCUGGGAGCACUGGAACCAGGAAGGAGACAACCCUAUGCCCCCUGUCUACACUGGGGGAAACCAGGUCUCGCUCCACCCUGACCCCUGGGGCUGGUAUCCAUAUCUACCCUCCAUGUGGGGCAAUUUAACCUUUUUCAUUUAAAGUUCUUUACGAUAAAUUUUUUUUUUCAAAAUAAAACUUU